GUCGUGGAAGGAGUGCGGCGGCUAAGCUAACUGCAACCACCGCAACUAGCUACAUGUGGAGGGUAAAACGGGAGCCAUCCCCGACCCUAACUCUGUCAAAAUUCCUCCUUUUCUACCCAAAACAACUCCAAAGUUCAGCCUCAUCGAAAAUAAGGGACAUUAUCUGUUUACAAUGAAAGGUAGCCGGAUCGAGCUGGGGGAUGUUACGCCCCACAACAUUAAGCAGCUGAAACGCCUGAACCAGGUCAUCUUCCCUGUCAGCUACAACGACAAGUUUUACAAAGAUGUACUGGAAGUUGGAGAGCUUGCAAAGCUUGCAUACUUCAAUGACAUAGCAGUGGGUGCUGUGUGCUGCAGAGUGGACCACUCUCAGAACCAGAAGAGACUGUACAUCAUGACGCUCGGCUGUCUAGCACCCUACCGUAGACUUGGAAUCGGCACAAAGAUGCUGAAUCAUGUGCUAAACAUCUGUGAGAAGGAUGGCACUUUUGACAACAUUUACCUUCAUGUGCAGAUCAGCAAUGAGUCAGCCAUUCACUUUUACCAGAAGUUUGGCUUUGAGAUCAUCGAAACAAAAAAGAAUUACUACAAGAGGAUAGAGCCCGCGGAUGCCCAUGUGUUGCAGAAGAGUCUGCGCAGCCCAUGUGCACCGCCCACCGGAGAGCUUCAGAAGGCAGAAUAGGGGCACAGCGUUUGGAAAGAGCACAGAUGUGCCCUCCUCCACAGAAACAGAACUGUGACAAAUGCCCCAGGGUCGACACAUUCAACACUUUCUUCAAAGGACGCUAAAAAGAGAAAAACAAAUUUAAAGUACAAAAAAUGCUGCAUUAAUUUUGCAAAGGGGUCCCCUUUGAUUUUUGCAUAUUUUAUUCCUCCCCUUUCCUCAUACAGACAAUUGAAAAUGACAAAAAGCUAAGUUUCCAAAAGUGCUCCGAUUGACAAAGUUGCCAACUUCAGACAGUUUUAGACCUGGUGAAGGGGAGGGUGUGGUGUUUGCAAAUCAUACUGUUUGUGUUUGAGUUGUUUUUAUGCGGUUAUAAAGCUAAUGGGGACAUAUCUACACUGUUGAGCAAAAGAAAACGGUUGGUUUGAAGCUGUAAAAGUGUUUGAAAGACCAUCACUGACACACACAAGUCCCAGCUGGUCAGCUUGGAAUGACUCUUUGAGUUGUUGCGUGGAACAGUCACAGCUCUAUUCCCUCACCACCCGAAUCCUGGGAUUUAUGGGAAAUGAGUUGACCAGCUUGUUGAUAUGUCAUGUCCACAGGGGAAUAACAGAAAUGUAUCUCCCUCGGUUCGGGCAUAAAGAAGGCUGAACGAUUUUCAGGUGGUGGGAAGACGUGUUCACCACUCAUAAUUUCUGAAUAUCUUUAUUUUCCAGGCUAUUAAUUUAAUUCCCCUUCAACUGUUCUUAUUUUUUACAAUUAA